AUGGGAUGCUUCCAUGGUGCUUUCGCUACUGAAGGCUUGACGAAGACGUUGGCUUGUGAAUUGCCAGAAUUGGAUUUCACGAAAUCGGCGGACGAAUCGCUCAAGCAGUUUCAGGAGCUGUACUUGGGGAGGGCCGCCGUCGUUCUGCGUGGCCGGGCUUCAGGCAAUGAAUGGCAGCGGCUGCGACGUCUUUGGGCGCGAUCGCGGCUGUUCGCAAAUCACGGUACUCGCACCGUGCGGCCCAGUGACCUGCAUCGAGGCUGCGGCCUGGCACACGCGCGAAAGAAGAGGACGUCCGUGAUGCACUCUGCCAUGGCUCCCGGCGGUGGCUGCUGCUACCUGCAGCCGCACCACGAAGUGCCUCUGACAGCUCGUGGUCACCUACAAAUUCCAAGCGAGCUUCGUGACGUGCGCCUGCAUGGUCCCAGUAUCAGCAUCGGUGGAAGAGGUUCCACGGCUGUUUUGCACAGGCACGAAGAAGCCUGGAUGGCACAGGUGUACGGCAAAAAGCUGUGGCUUGUGGGACGAGGAGGCAGUGAUCUUUCUGCCGACGCACUAAGCAAGCCGUGCCUCCACUACAAGACAGCCGGGAACAUUGAAAUUGCAACUUCGGACGGCCCGUUGCACCUGCGGCGUUGUGUGACUGGACCAUCAGAUGUCAUUUACGUGCCAGAUCGCUGGGCACAUGCAACUUGUGGCCUGAGCGGUUUCAACAUCGGCGUUGGUUUCAUUGGAUCUGUCUCCCUGCUGCCUCCACUGCAUCAGGCGAGCGUCGAUGGAGAUUUACAAGAGGCUUUGAAGUCUCUGCAGUCCAAGGCAUCAGCGCUGCAGCUUGGUGGCCGCGGCAUGCUAAAUGAAAACGGUCUGCUGCCUUUGCAUUGGGCUGCUUGGAACGGCCACCUCCCCUUGGUCGCUUUGCUCCUCCGUGCCCAAGAAGAGGCCGAGGUAGCAGAGGGCAUCGACGAAAAGGGCUUUGGUGCUGCACACGCACUGCGCUGGGCCGCGGCACGGGGCCAUGCAAGGGUCACGGCUUUCCUGGCGCGGCGGGCUGGUCAGGCUGCGGACGAACAAGGAACCACGCCGCUCCACUGGGCAGCGGCAACGGGGCACACCUCGGUGUCGCUCCAGCUGCUCGCGCUGAAGGCAGACCCCAACACUCCCGAUGUCUAUGGAGCACGGCCCGUGCAUUUCUUGGCCGGAGAGGGCCACGUGCCAGUUCUGAGGCUGCUGCUCCUCCACAAAGCCAACAUAGAAGUGGCGGAUGAGGAGGGCAUCGCUGCAAGCCACGCCGCCUCGCAGUUUGGCCACACGGCCUUGCUCCAAGAGCUUGCUCGCGCAGGUGCAGAUGUGCACAGGGCGUCCAGUACGGGUUUCAGGCCGUGGCACUUUGCAAAGGCCGCCGGGCAUUCGUCGACUUGCGAGUGGCUCGAGAUUCAAAAGUGUCAGUGCGAGCAUCAAUGGUCCUAA